GGUUGGCUUUUUAAAUCUGAGGUCUGUUAUGACAAAUAUGGAUGCUUUGACCUUCAUCCGAAUCUUCUGGUGCAGUUUCCACAAGAACCAUCCAAACUUGGAACAUCUUUUCUCCUAUUUACCAGGAAAAACAGUCGGACUGCGAAAAUCAUUGAUGACAGCGAUGUAAACAAGCUCAGAGAUUCAUUUUUCGAGAUUUCCAGACGGACGAUUUUUCUUAUUCAUGGAUUUACAGGUAAAGUCCAGCUUUUACUAAUUCUAAAGCUGAUCAAAUUAAACAUUUAUUACUAAGGCGUAGUAAGCAGUGGCGGAUCUAGGGAAGGGGUCUCGGGGACCCACCCCCCCCCCCCUUAUUUUUAGACCAAACUGAGGGGCCGAAACAAUUUUUUUAAGACCACCCGUCCCCCCCCCCACCUUAUCUCAGGGUUUAGAAGACCGCCCCCUCCCCCCCCCCCCUUAUCUGAAGGUCUGGAUCUGCCACUGGUGAGAGCGCUACCAAAAUAAUACUUAUAAAUAACAAAAAAAAAACAGCUACACGACAUUUAGUACAUUUUUUAGUGGAACCUCGAUAUAACGAACCUUGAUAUAACGACAUUGGCAUAACGAACGAUUUUCUUUAACCAAGUAAUAGUAAAAUAUAUGAAAAAGAACCUUGAUAUAACGAAAGCUCCUAAUAGCGAACAGAUUUUGCCAGUCCCUUGCAUUUUUGGCCGUUCGGCGUUAUAUCUAGGUUCCAGUAGCUUUCCAGUGUAACUAUACUAAUGGUUCGGAAUUCGGAAUCUUACAGAAGUGGUCUCUAAAAAUAACUUAAAUUCACUCCAUUGUGUCAAACGAAAACCAAAGUUUGUGUAUUUCACGUCUUACUAGGCAAUCUUGAGGGUAUUUAUUAUGAAAUCAAAGGCGCACUGUUGAAUCGUGAGGACUGCAACGUGAUAAUGGUAGACUGGUCCAAAGGAGCUGCAUCCCCAUAUGGUCAAGCCACUGGGAAUGCCAGGCUUGUUGGGGCUCAGAUAGGAGAGCUCAUAAGGUUUCUCAUCGCCAGUAAUUCUCACUCGCAUAGUUCCGCUGUAAAUCGGUUCUACAUUGUGGGCCACAGCCUUGGAGCACAAGUCGCAGGUUACGCUGGGAGUUAUUUGCAGGAUAAGUAUGGAUUGAGCUUGGGCCGCAUAACAGGUAAAUAAUCGAAUACGUUAUAUAAAUGAAGAAAGUUAUGUCCUUUACACCACACUUGAUCACGCUUACCAUUUUUAUUGGCUAUCAGGCUUAGAUCCUGCUAGUCUGUUUUUCAUAACAGUCUCGACCAGCUUUCGGCUUGAUAAAAGUGACGCUCAAUAUGUUGAUGUCAUUCAUACCAACGCUGGGAUCCAGGGAACUAUCCGUGUGAGCGGUCACACCGACUUUUGGCCAAAUGGUGGAAGCAUCCAGCCAGGCUGUCCUCUCAGUGAUCUGACAAAAAGUAAGCAUUUACAAAAUGGAGACAAUCAUAAUUAUUCGCUCGAAAUAUUUCUUAUCUUUUUACGGAAUUUGGGAGGUAGUUCUGAUUUUUAUCGAACCAAUUCUUGGGUAAAUACACACAUUUUAAUUAAGCAGUCUACGAGAAGAGAAUAAAUGUUUUUCAAAUGUUUUUUAUAACUUUUCUCUGGUAUUGAAAUAAUAUAAUGCUUGACAGUUGAGGUAACUCCAAGAAUAAAACUCGAACGCACUCAUUAAUCUAUGAUAAUUGCUACUAGUAUAGUCUGAGGAGGUCACCUGACCUACAGGCAAACGUAAUUGCUUUCUGUAACGUUUUCAUUGCCAUCGUCGUCGGUCGUCAUUUCGUUAAUUCGCUUAAUAACCUUCCAACGAGCAGAGGUGGCAAGAAAAUCACCAUUUAACUAUAACAUACAUUAUUCGCAUCACCCAGACAAAAAUUUCCUCAUUUGCCUUUUGUAUGAAUUCAUUUGUUAUUUUUUUAAAGAUUGCGACCACGGAAGGGCACCAAAGUAUUUCCUCGCGUCUGUUGAAGGAUCAUGCUCCUGGAAAGCCUAUCCGUGUGCUAAUUACAUCACAUUUCUGAAAGGGAGUUGCACAAGCUGUAAUGGCGAAUGUCCAAGCUUGGGUUUCGAUGCUGAUCUUACUAAAAAGGAAGGAAGCUUCUACUUGCAAACAACCUCGAAGGAUCCUUUUUGUGGUACGAUGUAA